ACCAUAUUUAUCAAGUCUCCAAUUAUUACAAACAAAAAAGCACCCCAAAAUUAACCCAAAUCUCCGAUUCUCCCCCCUUUCCCCCGAUCCCAAAUCUCCGAUCAGAUUCCGAUCCUCCUCCGCCAGAUCCGUCAUGAACCCGGCCGGCUCCUCCGCCGGCGGCAGCCCCAACACCCCAAGAAAGAAGGAGAUCCAGCUUCAGGGCCCCCGCCCGCCUCAACUCCGUGUCAACCAAGAAUCCCGCAAAAUCAAGAAGCCGCCGCCACACCCUCAGCCGAUUCCCCCUUCUGGCCGCCCUCCUCUCCCUCCAGCCGCCUCCCAAUGGCCUCAACCACUCAUCAUCUACGACAUCUCCCCCAAAGUCCUCCACGUCGCCGAGAACAACUUCAUGUCCGUCGUGCAGCGCCUCACCGGCCUCUCCUCCACCUCUUCCUCCACCGACGGCGACCUCUCCCCAGCAGCGAGAUUCGCCACAAUCGAAAAAGCCAGCCCCCGAUCCGAAAGGGAAAGGGAAAUCGACGUUAGCGACAUGAUGGAUUUGACGGAGGUUCCCGUGGAAUUAGGGCAAAACCCCGGAAUUUUAUCUCCAGCACCGGCGAGUCUAGCUCCGAUUUCGUCAGGAUUCUUCUCGCCGGCGAUUGAGCCUCAAAGCUUUACAUAUUCGUUGAUUCACGAGCUGAGCCCCCAUUGGCCAAGCCCUUCGGCUCUGUUCCCAGCUCCCCUGGUUUCCCCAAUUUCUUCACCAAAUAUCUUCAACCAUCUCUUUGACUUUUAGCUAAGUUCUCUCUCUCUCCUCUCUCUCUCUCUCUCUCUCUACAAUUUCAAUCAACAUUGCCAUUGCCCAUCAAAAACAAAAAUUGGGUUUUUUCUUUUUCUUCUUGUAAAGUAGGUAAUUCUAAUUUGUACAACAUUUUCAUUUCAUUUUUAGCCAUUCGUUCUUAAUUACUC